AUGAGCUUUAGAUUUUAUGAAGUUUUAAGCGCAAUUGGACUUGCUCUUCCUCCACCUGUUCCUGGUGAUCCUGUGUUAAAAUUUGUACAGCAAAUUUACAUGACAGGAAAAUGUUAUAAUUUUGAAAUUCCCCCAUUUGCAUCUCCAAUUCCAAUACCAUUAGAAAAAGAGUAUUGGCACGAUAAUAAGAAAACAAUAAAUCAAAAUGUUGUCACCUCAAAUAAUAUUAAUGGCAACCAUACGGAUACAAAUGAAUCAAAUCAAGAAAAUUCUCAAGAAAAAAACGAUGAAAAUAAUGACGGCGACAAUAAUAAAGAUUUACCAAAAACGGAUUAUUGGAAGAAAACGUUGACAUCGUAA